AUGGACGAAGAGUUCUCCGUCGAUCCCUCUCAACUACUCGGAGCUUCUUCCGAUUUCGCUCAUCAGCCAGGUGCUCCAUCAGACGCUUCAGCUCAGGAAUUUCUCACGCGCUUCCCUCUCCCCGCCAUCAUCAGCGCCUUGCAGACGAACUCGGAUUACCCUGGCCUGGAAAAUGCUUUGGUCGAUUGUUUGGAACGAAUAUUCAGAACUAAAUAUGGAGCAUCACUUAUCCCGCAUUUCAUGCCUUUCGUUUUAGUUGGUCUUGGGGCAGAUUCUCAGAAAGUGAAACGCUUGGCCUGUGUGGCUAUACUGUGUCUUUUAGAGAAUACUGAUAAGAAGAUUGCAGUGCAACUAGUGCUACAACAUGGAGUUUAUCCCCUUCUGCUCGAUUGCUUGACUGAUGGUGACGAACAAGUGGCUGCUGCAUCAACUGAUGCGAUUAAAUCUUUGGCUGGAUAUCCAGAAGGCAUGGGUAUUGUCUUUCCAACAAGUACUGAUGAAGCUACACACCUUGGGAACUUAACAGCAAAAUGUUCAUCACUGGGAAGAGUUCGAGUUCUAGCCCUGAUAGUGAGGCUCUUCUCUAUUUCAAGCUCAGUGGCUUCAGAAGUCUGCAGAUAUAACCUUUUGAAUCUGUUGGAGGCAGAAGUAAAAAAUACAAAUGAUACUCUAGUCACAUUGAGCGUGUUAGAACUUUUGUACGAGUUGGUGGAAGUCCAACACAGUGCAGAGUUUUUAUCUAAAACCAGCCUUAUUCAGCUACUUAGUUCAAUAAUCAGCGAUGAAGCUUCAGAAUCCGUUUUACGAUCAAGGGCAAUGACGAUAGCUGGAAGGCUUCUAUCCAAGGAAAAUGCAUUUGCAUUCAUUGAUGAAUCAAGUGUCAGAACUGUUCUGGCCGCUAUUGAUAAGAGGUUUGAGUUCAUGGAAGGUCACGAGGCAGAUGAAUGUGAAUCGGCACUUGAAGCUUUGGGUCAAAUUGGAUCGUCAUCCCAAGGAGCAACAAUAGUUCUGUCAACUUCACCUCCUAUUGCUAGGCAUGUAGUUGAUGCUGCUUUUGACCGACAACAGCAUGGCAAACAGCUGGCUGGGUUGCAUUCCCUUGGAAAUAUUGUCGGUGAAGCACGUAUAGGAAGUACUGUGUUACUGAACAGUUCUGCAGAAGGAAACCUUAGGAGCUUAAUUUAUGAGAAAGCUUCCAGAACAUCAAAGCUGACCCCAUCAGGCCUCCUCUUAUCAGUUCUUCAGCAAGAUUCUGAAGUUCGUAUUGCGGCAUACAGAUUGAUUAGUGGAUUGGUGGCUCGACCUUGGUGUCUUAUGGAGAUUAUCUCUAGACCUGAGAUAAUUGAUAUUAUAACCGAUGCAUAUACAGAAAGCACAAAGAUAGGAAUGGAAGCUCGACAUAGGUGUUGUGAAGCAAUAUACAGAGUAUACACUUCAUCUACAAAACUCGUCAGUGAUCCUACAUUUGCCGACAUAGUUUCCAAGCUACAGGAAGCAAUCAGAAGGGGUCCUUAUGGUGCGAGAAAGCUCACCGAGGCUCAACCGGUGGUUAUAACAGCCGACAGGUUCUGA